UGCAAAAUUAUCUUUAAGUGUAGAUCAAUAUGGAAACUAACACUAUCCUAUUCAGUAUGAGUCUACUUGUUGUAUUGGGCUUGGCCGGAUCCGACCCGGAUCCGCUCCAAGAUUACUGUGUGGCUGAUACCAAAAAAGCCACAAAAGAAAAUUUCUAUUGCAAUGGUGUGCCAUGUAUCAAUCCAAACAAUGUAGAAUCUACACAUUUUGCAACAUCAGCUUUAUCCAAACCUGGUAAAAUUAGCAUAAUGUUUGGUUUUAAUGUAACACUUACUACAAUUUUCAAUUUGCCAGGUUUGAACACUCAAGGACUAACUAUGGCACGAAUAGACAUCGAUGCUAAUAGUCUCGUGCCACCUCAUUCUCACCCUCGAGCCUCAGAAGUGGCUAUUUUACUAAAAGGUUCACUUUUAGUAGGAUUUAUCGACACUUCAAAUCACUUGUUUACUCAAAAUUUGCAACCUGGAGAUUGUUUUGUUUUUCCUAAAGGUUUGAUUCAUUUUCUUUAUAAUACGGAUUCUAAUGAGCAAGCAUUGGUUGUGUCUGGUUUGAGUAGUCAGAAUCCUGGUGUCCAAAUGGCGUCUCCUGCUGCGUUUGGGACGAAACAAAAUAUGCCAGACGAAGUAUUUCAGAUUAAUGAUCAAGAUGUCACAAGAAUUAGAACGAAUCUUGGAGGAUGAUUAUACCUUUUGAUAUUUCUAUUGUUGAGUGUAUGUGGUAUUUUUGUUUCAAACAAUUUUAUUUAUUUUUGGAUUUGCUUAGGGUUGUUUAAUUAAUCAGAAAACACACCCAAAAAAAAAGUCUAGGUUUGAUUGUAAAAUGCCUUGCCCAUGUUUACAUGUGUUUUAUACUAAUUUUAUUGAACAAA